AUGACCGAAAUGGACGAGAAACCGGCAAUAGAACCGGAAACUACGGGCGAAGAAGGGGCGUUGAGCAUAGAAGAGGAAAUCAAGGAAUGCGGCCGGAAGCUCGCCCAAGCCUUGGCGGCCUCGAGCACCAAGGCGCACCAACAGGCCGCCACCGCUCUCUGCAGGGCCCUCGAUCGAGUCAACGGCGAUGAGCUCAACGAACUCUACAUCAAGGGCUUCAUCGGGCUGGCCGUCAACGGAGCCAAGCGCUUCCAUUUUCGCGAGACAUUACAUGCCCUCUGGAAGCUGGUUACCUUGCUCUUCCGUCUGAACAAGGAGGUCACGCUGCGUCGCCUAGCAAAUUCGAUCAUUGCCGCUUUUCCGGAUCUUCCGAAUAUUUCCGCGACGAUCGGCUCGAGCGCCAUCUCGCCGUUCAAAUGGUUGACACGUGGGGCCACUGGACAACUUUCAGAUGAAGAUUUGACCUUGACGAUAUCAGCCCUGUCCAGCUUGGCUUAUUAUUCAACCACCUCGCCUGCGUCAAGCCGAUAUUUUAAAAAGUCGUUGAAGCCUUGGAUCUCGGAAUUCUCAGCCGACCGAAUAGUACCUUCAAUCAAGAAGCUUCAAGCCGAGCCGGCCAAUGCCCUGCGUUUACUGGCAUUUAUCUCAUUUGUUGAUCAGGUAAAUGCCGCGCAUUCGAUCAAGAAAAUCGCUUCCGCCGAUUUCAAGGAGCUGCUUGUGCCGCACGUCAAGAAGAGCCUGCUGCGAAGCCCUGAAGUUGCUCUCUUCGGCGUGAAACCGCUGGUCGAGAACGUCACCUUUGAUUUGGAUGACUUCGUCGCCGAGAUCCUUGCUGGUGCCCAAGGAUCAUUGUUGGGCCACGAAGUCGCUGUCGACGUCGUCGCAGCUUUGGCCAUCGGAUCGAAAGACGUAAAGAACGUCGAGAAAAUUGCCGAUACGUUAUUUGCUCAAAUCGCUGCUGCCAAAGCCGCCGAUGUCAAAGUGGGGCUUCUGAAAGGUGUCGCUCGAUGUGCUGCUACAAAGGCGCAACGCGGCGCGGGCUUCGACAAGGCCGGGCUCGAAAUUAUCACCAAAACGCUGAAGGUGAACGACGGCAGCGAAGAAGUCGUGCGCGCCCAAUGGAAAGCUAUCGCCACGUGGGCGGCUAAGAUGGAAGCAGAUUCGGGGACCGAGAAGGCCUUCCAAGAAGCUUCCAAGGUACCCGCUGCCUCGAAGCACAUCGUCCUCUCUGGUCUAUCGGAUCUGCUCGAAACGCGAAGCAUCUCAAAGUUGCCCUCAACCGCCGAGAAGAGCCUGUGGAGUGAUGUCGAGGCGAGCCAAAAGGAACCGCUUGACGCUAUAUCACUCGCCUCAAUUCUGCUACGCACCGAGGACGUCGGCUCGGACCGCUGGACCAAUUUGCUGAAGAAGCUGUCCGGGAACGAGACUAUUUUCAAGCCAAAGACGCUGGGAUCGAUCGACACGACGACUGCCUCGAAAUGGUUGUACGUUGUGGAGCGGCUGCUCGCUGAUGGAAACGAUAUCGCCAAGUCAAGCGUCGGCAUCCGAUCGCUGGUCCUACUUCUCCUCUGGCCCGCCUCAGAAAUCCGGAAGCAGGCACGCGCCGCCGUGGGACGAUUGAUCGAAAAGCGUGGGCUCGACUUUGCCGGCGCUCUGGCUGAGCAGACGUAUUCUGAAGCGGUUAGCGGAAGUGCUGACGAGAACAUUCGAAAAGCCAAGCAUAGCAGCCCAGUCUCGGACCAAUGGUUGAUACCUGGAGAGUGGUUCGUCCAAUUGGCUGAGACCCUCCUCAUAACUGGCAAAACGGAAUUGGGAUCACUGGCGAUACACACGCUACUUCUCGCCUCGAUACCACGAUUAGUCGAGGUCGACGGGUCUGUCUGGCUGCGCUGGAUCCAUUCAUUGCAACAGAAGGGCGAGAACCGCGACUGGAUGAAGUCGGACGCCUUCCGGACCCAGGUCGUCGAGAAAGUACUCAAAUGCACGCACCGGAAUGUCAGGGACAACGCGCUGAUCACCCUCGUCUCGUCGGGAAUUGCUGAGCUCAAGGCCGACUUGUGGCGACACAUCGAGCGUGACCUGAUGCUCGUCGACGUUCCCGCGUUGCUGAAGGUCCAGGACCGCGAGGUGGCCAUUUUCCGCACGCCCGCCGGCCGUCUCCACAACACCGAGGUGCUCGAAAUUGACGAGUCAAAGGACCGGAACGUGAAGCGCGAGAACAAGGCCUAUUCGUUCGCCGACCAGCAGGCCGAAAUCGAAAUACGGCGCGAGCUGGCGGAACGCAUGCGCAAAGAGGGGAAACUCACGCCCAAGCAGAAAGCCGUGAUGGAGAAGGAGCUGGUCAAGGAGGCCGAAGUCCGUGCCGAGUUGCAAGUCAUCUAUGCCACAGCCGAACUGGCGCUUGACGAGGCGCGGGCGAUGGUCAACGCCGAUCACCAGGGUGCCUUCCAAAAUUCGCACCUGCUCUUCGAGCGCGGACUCCCGCUCACCAAGUCGCCGCUCAUCGCCAAGGAAGCCGCCCAGCUUCUGUAUGCCUAUCGAGACGCCACGCUCUCGGGAUCGGACGGUGCCCUCGCUGACAAGGUUGGGUACUGGACGUUGCGCUUGAUCGACUCCAAAUGGCUACCCGACACGUACACUGGCGGUGAUCUGGAGGAAGCGCUCAAGAAGCUGCUCUCAUUGUUGCAAGAAAGGGCUUUCGUGCUGGAUACCGGCGAGGACGAGGAUGACCUUCUCAUACUUUGCGAAGACAUGGUAUCCCCGGCUGAAAUCCUGCUACUCUACCCGCUUGUGAAAGGACUUAUCCAGGGCUCGUUCUCGUACGACGUCAAGUCGGGCGCGCUCAACUUUAUCAAGUCGGCCCUGAAUAGGAAUUUCUUGCGCGAUGACUCUGUUCUACAAAUCCCCAUCCUGGAAUAUGGCGAGCUGCUGCUCACGUUCAUCGCAAAGUCGGAGGACGACCUGGCGAAGAAUAUUGCCACAUCGGCGCUGACGAAUCUGGUGGUGCUGGUGAAUGACACGGGCGACACUGGCGAUCGGGUGAAGAGCCUGAUCUCCCGGCUGAUGAAGGCACUCGGCGAAGAACCCAAGCCCGAAAUCCGCUCAUCGGUGCUGCAGGUGCUCUCGGCGAACCAGCUGAUCACUCGUCUUGUAACGGCUGAUGAAGGCGGCUCUUUCACGACUUACUGCAUGUCUCGACUGUUCAUCGCCCGUUUCGAUGCCGUCGAAAGUGUCGCCAGCGCUGCGCAAGCACUCUGGACAAGCGCCAUGCUGCACCGUGCCACCCACAUGUUCGAAUUUUUGGUCGAGGAGUGUGCGUCGCCCUUCGACUUUACGCGCGAAGCCUCGGGCCGAGCCCUUGUCGACCUGCUCGAGACGUUCCCCGAAAAGCGCGCAGAAACGAUCGCCAACCUGGAACAGUUGUAUCAACGCUUGCUGGAGGACAGCACGGCCAAGGUGGACGAUAUGGGCCGGCGGAAGGAGGUGAACGACGAGUGGCCUCGGCGAUUUGGCAUGGCCAAUGCACUGCACUUGAUCUCAUCCACCGUCACCGAGGAGGAAGCCGAGAAACUGAUUCACGUCGUCGUUCCUGGGGGCUUGAAUGACGUCUCGGGCCCUGUGCGCCAAGCUCUACUUGCCGCCGCCGUCGAGGCCACGAAUCGGCAUGGAAGGGCCGUGAUGGGAAGGCUUUUGCCGUUCCUUGAGGGCAUGCUUGACAAUACCCCGGAUGGACAGGCUCACGACAAUCUCCGUCAAGGCCUCGUCGUGUUGCUCGGCACUCUGGCCCAGCACAUUGACAAGAAGAGCGAGAAGGUGCGCGCCAUCGUCAAUCGCUUGAUGGAGACGCUGUCCACGCCGUCGCAGACUGUCCAAGAAUCUGUCGGCAGAUGCCUGGCCCCGCUGGUGCCCGCAUUGGCCGGUUCUGUGAAAGAGCUGGUCGGCCGGCUGCAAAAGAUCCUGUUUGAAGGGAGCAGCUAUGGCGAGCGCAGAGGAGCCGCUUUUGGAAUCGCUGGCUUCGUGAAAGGGCUUGGCAUGAUCGGACUCCGCGAUCUCGAGCUGAUGCCGGUCAUCAUGGCGGCACUCUCAGACAAGAAAAACGAAAAGCGGAAGGAGGGCGCCCUGCUUGCACUCGAAAUUAUGUGCUCGACCAUCGGCCGUCUUUUCGAGCCCUACAUGGUCAAGGCUCUGCCCACACUUCUCGUCUGCUUUGGCGACAGCAACAACGAAAUCCGACAAGCCGCCGAGGACACCGCUAGGGCCAUGAUGGGAUCGCUGACGAAGUACGGGACCAAGCUCGUCCUCCCCGCCCUUCUUACCGCCUUGGACGACGAGGCGUGGCGAACAAAGUGUGCGGCCGCUGAACUGCUCGGCAACAUGGCCCACUGUGCUCCGGAUCAACUCUCCUCUUGCUUGCCCUCAAUCGUCCCCAAGUUGAUCGAGGUCGUCACGGAUUCACACGUAAAAGUACGCGCUUCCGGCGAGAAGGCUCUGCGCGAAAUCGCGAAGGUCAUCAAGAACCCAGAGAUUCUCGGCGUCGUCAACAAGAUCAUGCUCGGGCUCAUCGACCCGGCCACCAAGACCAGCAUGUCGUUGCAGACGAUUUUGAACACAAAGUUCAUCCACUACAUCGACGCCCCAUCGCUUGCCCUGAUCAUGCCCGUCGUGCGCCGCGCGUUCGAAGACCGCAACUCGGAGACGCGUCGUUUCGCCGCCCAGAUCAUCUCCAACAUCUACUCGCUGACCGACAACAAGGACAUGGAGCCCUAUCUCGCCUCAUUGGUGCCCGGUAUCCAAAAGUCGCUGAUGGACCCGGUGCCCGAGAUUCGAGCCGUCGCCGCCAAGGCCCUGGGCGCCAUCAUCAGCAAGUCGGCGGGCACGACGAGCGAGAAGCUGCGCGAGGAGAUUAUCCCGUGGUUGAAGGAAAAGCUGGUGGCCGAGCAAUCAACGGUCGAUCGGUCUGGCGCCGCUCAAGGAUUGUCCGAAGUGUUGGCCGGUGUUGGCCAGGAACAGCUCGAUCACGUCAUGCCCGAAAUCAUCGCCGCCACCGAAGACUCGAACGUAUCGGCCGAGACUCGGGACGGCUACAUCCUCAUGUACAUCUAUUUGCCGAUGGUGUUUGGCGACCGUUUUGUGCAAUACUUGCCACAGGUCGUCCCGCCAAUUCUUCGUGCCCUCGCCGACGAAAACGAGUACGUGCGCGCGUCCGCGCUGAAGGCUGGCCAACGUCUGAUCGCUCAAUUCUGCUCGCAAGCCCGCAAAUACCUGCUGCCCCAGCUUCAACGGGCCCUUUUCGACGAGAAUUGGCGUAUCAGGCACGCCUCCGUGCAGCUUAUCGGCGACUUCCUUUUCAACAUCUCUGGCAUCUCUGGCAAGUCGACGACCGACACGGCCAAUGACGACGACACGAUGGGCAUGGAACAGGCAAGCAAACAGAUCACGCGCGCCCUUGGGCAAAAGACGCGUGACGAAGUGCUCUCUGGGCUCUACCUGGCCCGGUCUGACGUCGCCCUCGUUGUCCGCAACGCCGCCAGCCACGUGUGGAAGAUGGUGGUGUCGAACACGCCGCGCACGGUGCGCGAGAUGAUGAAGGUACUUUUCGAGGACGUCGUCGCCUGCCUCGCCUCCGACGUCGAGGAGCGCCAGCAGAUGGGUGCUCGAUGCCUGGGCGAGCUCGUCAGAAAGAUGGGCGAGAAGAUUCUAAACGAAGUGCUGCCGAUUCUCGAGUUCAACCUCGCCUCCGAAGACUUGUCGAAGCGCGUCGGAGUGGCUGUCGCGCUGCACGAGAUCAUCGACAACGUUACCAAGGAUGUCCUGCAGCACUACUUUGAGCAAAUCGUGGGCCCAAUCCGGAAGGCGCUCACCGACGAAGAGCCGAUGGUGCGCGAGGAGGCGGCCAUCACUUUCUCGCGAUUCUACCUGUUCAUUGGCAACGAUGCGCUCGACGAGAUCAUUGCGCCGUUGCUCGAGAAGCUCACUCCCGAUCAGGAGUACGUGCUCGCCGGUCUGUGCUCGGUGAUGGAAAAGAACAGCAAACAAAUGCUCCCCUACCUGUUGCCGAAGCUCACCCGCCCGCCGGUCAACGUCCACGCAUUGUGCAGUCUGGCGGCCGUCGCUGGAGAUUCGCUGAACCGACAGCUCCCAAAGAUUCUCGACUCGCUGCUCGUCAACUGCAAGUCGAACGAUGCGUCUGAUCCGAUGAUCGAAUCGUGUGAGAAGGUGGUGGUGGCCGUCGAAGAUGAGGAGGGCGUCCCGUUGCUGCUCGACUACUUGAUCGGCAAGGCGGCGAAGGGCAACGUGCCCUCCGCGGUCCUUCUGCGCAGCUUCAUCGACAAGGGACAGAGCAGCCUUGGUGACUACAUCGAAGACAUUCUUCCGGGAAUAUUACAGCUCUACGCCUCAUCCAACGAGCAAAUCGUCGAGAACGCCAUCCUGUCCCUGAUCGGCGUCAUGCGGCAGGCCGACCAAAAAGAACAGAUGAGCCUCAUCCCGCUGAUUCGCAAGCAAGUGAACAUGCUCGUCGUCGGCGCCAAGGGCAAACAAGUGCCCGGCUUCCUGCACCCAAAGUCGUUGAACCCGCUGAUUGGCGCCAUCCGAGAAGGCAUCCUGAGCGGCGGCAUCGAGACGAAGGAGAUUUCCGGCGAGGUGCUCGCCCAGCUGCUCAACGCCAGCAGCCCGGAAGCCAUCAAGGCCCACGUGGUCGUUGUCACCGGCUCCCUGAUUCGCGUUCUCGGUGACAGGUACCCGCCAAAUGUGAAGCUGCUCAUCCUGCAGCCGCUCUCGUUGCUGCUCGACAAGGUCGAGACGUUCAUGAAGCCGUUCCUGCCCCAACUACAAACCACCUUCGUCAAGGCGCUGCAAGAGCCGGCCUCGAAGCAGGUGCGCCUCGUUGCUGCCGGCGGUCUCCGUCGCCUGCUGAAGAUCCACCCCAAGCCCGAGCCGAUGAUCGUUGAUCUGUGGAAGGUGCUUGAGGCGCGCCAGGAUUUCGAGCUCAUGGAGACCACGUUCGUUGCCGCCCGCACCCUCUUGCCAAGCUGCAUAGCCAAGCUCUCGAAGCCGGUCAUCGACGAGGGCCUCAGGGUGUGCGCCCUCACAUUCAACAAAGCGGUCGAUGCCCCGAACGAGCUGGACAACAAUCUGACGAUGGUGAGCGGAUCGCUGCUGGGCGAGCUGGCCGUCUUGAGCGGGCAAGAGUCCACUCAGGACAUUUUCAAGGACACUGAAUCCAACGCGAAGCCCCGGAUACGCCAAGCCAAGGCCUACGCCUUCCAGCAGAUGUGCCUGACCGACGGGAAGAAGAUCUGGGCAAACCACGAAGCCGAAUGCCGCUCAGCCAUCCAAGCAUGCCUGUCCGGUGACUUUGUGACAAGCCAAGCCGCCCUACGCGCUGCCGGGUAUCUGCUGAUCGCCCAGGGCGACGAGCCGUCGAAGGAUCUGAUGACGAUGAUCGCCAAGGGGCUGAACCAUCAGCACCUGGAUGUCAGGAGAACUGUCUCUGUUGUGCUCGGAAACGUUUUUGCCGCCCAUGCCGAACCGUUCCCCACUGACGUGCUGAAGACAGUCGUGCCGGCGCUGGUCAACGGCAGCAAGGAGAGCAACAGUGCUGUGCGAAGCGCCGCCGAAACUGCCCUCGUCCACGCCUUCAAGCUGUUCAAGGACAAGAGCGUCUACGAGGCGUACCUGGAGACGGAGAAGGGCGGACCGCGUCAGUCGCUGGAGGAGGUGCACGAUCGCACGCUGAAGCGCAUCGUCAAGCACAACGAAUACGACCUCGAGAAGAUGAACAACAUCAUCACGGCUCCG